AUGACGGAUAUUUGUUAUGAACCUCAACUCUUCUACCAACAAGUAGACACAGCCACCACCCAAGACUCGCAAUCACAGCAACAGUAUCCUGUAAUGGCUUAUGGGAAAAAGCCUUCCUUCUUCAACAAUAUGGUCAACUUGACCACUUUAAACUCUCAAGCCUCUCCAAACUACAUCCACAGCUCCCACCCAUCAACCUCAAUCAACACUGCAUCUGCCUCUUCUUCCCAUUCUAGCGAUGCUCCCUAUGACUACCUUCAGCAGCUGGACUGCCCCCCACUGAUGUACUCUCCGCGAUCCUCGGUUGUUUCGCCAGAAACAUCCAUCUUUACAUCUGCAUCCUCAACUCCAGACUUUCAACAACGACCCGUCUUUUCACAGAAUCAGACUGUUAUCAACAACCACCCCAUUCAAACCUCUCCUGAAGGCUUUGUAGUUGCCUUUGAUAACUCUCUGCCUUUCUGCGGCUCGUUUCUCCAAGACUCCAGCGCCCAACAGCUGGUUCCUGUUGGCGCUACCAUGGAUCCUGUCUACUCAUCUACUACUCCUGCUACUGCUUCUGAAAACUUUUGCGAUCCCAAAGCUAUUGCUUUCCCAGAGCAAAAACUGGAUCAACUUCAGUCUCAGGUCCCACAUUAUUCUAACGUGGCCAUGCCUCACUCUAUGAUGCCUAUUCAAAGUGAGACAUACGCAAACUUCGCACAUCCUUCUGCUUACUCGCAGUAUACAACAGCAAGAAUUCCUAUCCAACAACUUCCAACUGCCACUAAUGCUGCUGCUGCCGCAGCCGCUGCAGCUGCAGCUGGCACUCCCGUUCCAGACCUUCAGGACUAUUUUGUUCUUCAGUCUAACACUGUCGCUCAGUUCCCUCAGCCACUUCCAAGUCAAAUGCAAAGUCAGCCACAAAUGUUUGCAAGUCCCACAAUACAAUUCUAUUCCAAGCCUGCUGGUGUUCACAACUUUCAACCUGCUGCUCUUCCCAUUACUCCUGUUUCUCCCAACUCUACUUCCGUUUCUUCUAUGAUCACCACCACUAACAACUUCACCACUGCCCCCAUUCCAGAGGUCCCCAUAAUACUCAAGAGUAGCCAGCCUCAUACUUUCCCCACUCCUUCUCCAUCACCCGUCUCACUUAAACGAUUAAGAGAUGACGCUGGUAAUAAUGCAGGAAUUAUAGAUCUUUCCCAAGGAAGUGAAACCAAUGAGUCAAAUAUUAAUUUCAUUUCAUCUAAUAUUAAUAAGAAUGUCGAUGAAAACGCACAAAAGAGAAUUAAAAUGACCCAUCGCUCCCACCAUAUUCAUUCGGCUCAUCUUACUGAAUGCUCCCAUGAGCAUUACGAUUCCGAAUCUUCUUGUCUUGUCGAUUCAUGCAUUUCUAGUUCGGAAAUCUCCCAAUCUUCUACCGAAUCUAAUUCAAGGGCUAACUCUCCCAAACCAAGACGCGCUUCUCGCAAACCUUCUACGGUUGACGAAGAGUCCAAAACGUUUACAUGUGAGCACUGUGACCGCAAGUUCCGUCGUCAGGAACACUUAAAGCGACAUUUCCGAAGUCUCCAUACACGUGAAAAGCCCUUUGAAUGCAAACAAUGUGGCAAAACCUUUUCUCGCUCUGAUAAUUUGUCCCAACAUGCUCGUGUUCACACCAAGCAAAUCCCUUCAUCACCUGGCAAUAUAAGAGCUUGUAAUGGGCUUCCUUCCAAGAGAUUAAGAAAGGCUACUAUUAUUGUUUAA